UUUAAACACAUUGAGAGCUUGGUGAAAUUUUUUUGGUAUUGAUUUCAAGUUGAUGUGACAAUGUUGCCUGUUUGCUCAGCCACCUCAAACUGUGCUUCUCACUCUCAGAUUUCAUUACAUGGACUGCGAUCCUUGUCUCCAUUCCAGAAGGACUUUGAGCUCAAAUGUAUUGUGGAAGACAGUGUUUUCUUAGGCUUGCCAAAUGGAAAUCAAUCCCGUGGAGAAAUCUUUAAAGCACAAGCUAUAAAGUCUUUCUACUCUAACAGUCACUCCUGCCUUACAAAAUCAGAUUAUUUGGGAUGCAAGAUUUCAAACGUCUGGAGUUCUUCAAUUGGAACAAUAAAUGAGCGACGCCUCUUAGGAAGGGUUGAAGUGAAUUAUAUAGAGAAUUCUAGCACAGCUGCAGUGGAAGAGGAAUUCAUGGACUUGAUGGAGCAGUCACCUCAAAAUUCAAACAUUUUACUGGGACCUGUAGAACCUGAAACCAUAUCAACUACUGAAAUGACACCAGAGUAUUCAACCUCUGUAUCUGACUCUCUAGACAUGAAUAAAGAUACAUUGCUAAAUUCGAAAACAAGUAUUGAUGAUUUCCUGGCUGCUGUUAAUAAGUCCUUAAGUGCUUCAGUAAAUAAUGAAGAAAAUGCUGUGAAAAGCUCUCUAGAUGCAAUUACUUCGUCAAUCACAUCUAUCACUAAAAGGUCUACUGCUGCAGUGGAUAAUGCCAUUAGUGGAGUGUUUUCAACUGCUGAUCAAAGCAGAGAAUUGGCUGGUAAUAGAUUAACAAGCUUUUCAAGUGACUUGAAGGAAGCAAAAAAAAAAGCAUCUGUUGUUGCUGUUGAUGUAUUGAGGCGUACAAUUGUGGCAGUGGAGGAUUCUUUGACAAAUGGGACUUCCUUUAUCGUUUAUUCUUAUGGGUCUGCUAAGGAGAUGCUUCCUCCAAACAUUAGGGAUACUCUGAAUUUGUUUGAAGAGAGAGCAAUAGAACUCUUGAGGCCAGUCAGGAUGGCUUUUCAACAGGUUUAUAUUGCUAUUGAGGGGCUGGAGAAAAAUUUAGGUUUGGAUCCUUCGGAUCCAAUUGUUCCAUUUGUUCUUUAACUUGGCACCUCAACCACUUUAUGAUAUGUGCAGGGUUUUUUAUUGGGUGUGGACAUACAGUGGUUACUCUGGAGAUUUAUCUCCUAAAGUAACUUUGGAGGUCUUGACUGGGAAGGAGAAUGCUGUACUCAUUGAUGUCCGGCCUGAGGCAAGAGACUGUAAUUUGUUCUGGCCUUUUAUUUUUUAGGACUCACGGCUCUCCAUCAAACAGGCUAAAAAUCAAUCAGAUUCGCUUACUUCUCAAAACAUGUUAAAAUUCAUUUUUAUCCCCCGCUACGUCUGCUGUUAGAGACUCAUGGUUCCUUUUUAGCUCUUUCAGUAUAAUGAAAGGAAGAUCUUUCCACAUCCUAAGGUUAAGAAAAUUUCUUCUGUGAGCUUCUGAAUGUUGAAUUUCCUGCUGAUCUUUUGUGCUGGGAUUUUUCUUGGUUGAAGGUUGUAAGAGAACGAGAUGGAAUACCUGAUCUUUGACGUGCAGCUCGGUUUCGUUCUGCUAGUGUAGCUCUUCCUGAGGUUGAUGACUCUGUAAGGAAGUUAUUAAAGAGUGGAAGAGAACUGGAUGACACCUUAAUUGCUGCUGUCAUUCGAAAUUUGAAGAUUUUUCAGGACAGGUCCAAGGUCAUAGUCAUUGAUGCUGAUGGUACUCGCUCCAAAGGCAUCGCAAGGUCCUUGAGAAAUCUUGGGAUU